UGCACAUUAAAUCAGUGAGAAGAGACACGUCACAUCCGUUUUUUGUCAAAGUCGUUGGCAAAUAUGGCAGCGUUUUCUGAAAUGGGCGUUAUGCCUGAGAUCGCCCAAGCAGUCGAGGAGAUGGACUGGCUCCUCCCCACAGACAUCCAGGCAGAGUCCAUUCCGUUGAUCCUGGGGGGAGGAGAUGUCCUCAUGGCGGCAGAGACUGGGAGCGGGAAGACCGGGGCCUUCAGUAUCCCAGUGAUCCAGAUAGUGUAUGAGACUCUGAAGGACCAGCAGGAGGGGAAGAAGGGGAGAACUGCUGUGAAGAUUGGUGGAGCAGUGUUCAACAAAUGGCAGAUGAACCCGUACGACAGAAGCACAGCUUUCGCCAUUGGACCAGACGGACUGUGUUGUCAAAGCAGGGAGUUUAAAGAAUGGCAUGGCUGUCGCUCUACCAAAGCCAUCACCAAGGGGAAGUACUACUAUGUAUCAUGUCAUGACCUCUCUCUGUAGGAUCUCUCUCUGGUCUCCAGCCUCUCUUUGGACUUAGGUACCGAUAAGUACGGCUUUGGCUUCGGAGGAACGGGGAAGAAAUCUCACAACAAACAGUUUGACAGUUUCUGUCCUGAGUUCACCAUGCAUGACACCAUGGGAUGUUAUCUGGAUCUAGACAACGGACUCCUCUCCUUCUCCAAAAACGGUACUGACCUGGGCUUGGCGUUUGAGAUCCCAGCUCUUCUGAAGAACCAGCCCUUCUUUGCUUCCUGUGUUCUCAAGAAUGCAGAGCUGAAGUUUAACUUUGGGGGGGAGGAGUUUAAGAAUCCUCCCAAGACGGGCUUCGUAGCGGUGGACCAAGCUUCUGAGGGACAUGUGGUCAAAUCCAGCCAGACAGGCAGUGUUAAGGUGUCGGAGGUGAAGGCUGCUUCCUGUGGUCCCAAAGCUCUGAUCGUUGAGCCUUCUAAAGAGCUCGCUGAACAGACCCUCAACAACGUUAACCAGUGUAAGAGAUAUGUGGACAAUCCCAAGCUCAGAGAUCUUCUGAUCAUCGGAGGUGUUCCUGCUAGAGACCAGCUGGCUGUACUGGAACAAGGGGUGGACAUCGUGGUUGGAACACCAGGUCGCCUCGAUGACCUCAUCUCUACGGGGAAACUCACCUUGUCUCAAGUCCGCUUCCUGGUCCUAGAUGAGUGUGUAUGUACCUGUCUGACUGUCAGGUGUCUGGUCCUGGAUGAGUGUCUGUGUCUGGUCCUGGAUGAGUGUCUGGUCCCGGAUGAGUGUCUGGUCCCGGAUGAGUGUCUGGUCCCGGAUGAGUGUCUGGUCCCGGAUGAGUGUCUGGUCCUGGAUGAGUAUAUGUGUCUGGAUGAGUGUCUGGUCCUGGAUGAGUGUCUGGUCCUGGAUGAGUGUCUGGUCCUGGAUGAGUGUCUGUCUGACGUCUGUUAUUCCCCUAGUGUCUGUCUGAUCCUAUAUAUUACUCUGUUAUUCCUCUCUCUGUACCAGGUCAUCGUCUGCUCAGCGACUCUCCACUCCUUCGACGUAAAGAAGCUGUCAGAGAGGAUCAUGCACUUCCCCACCUGGGUGGACCUGAAGGGAGAGGAUUCUGUCCCUGAGACCGUACAUCACGUGGUCGUACCUGUCAACCCUAAACACGACCGCAGCUGGGAACGCCUCGACCGCAAGAACCACAUCCUGACUGAUGAGGUCCAUGCUAAAGACAACACCAGACCAGGAGCCAACAGCUCAGAGAUGUGGUCUGAGGCCAUCAAGAUCUUGAAGGGGGAGUACACCAUCAGAGCCAUCAGGGAACACAACAUGGACCAGGCCAUCAUCUUCUGUCGGACCAAGAUCGACUGUGACAACAUGGAGCAGUACUUCAUCGUACAGGGAGGAGGUCCAGAUAAAAAAGGCCACCAGCUUUCCUGUGUCUGUCUCCAUGGUGACCGGAAGCCCAAUGAACGCAAGACCAAUCUGGACCGAUUCAAGAAACAGGAAGUGAAGUUUUUGAUCUGUACAGACGUGGCGGCCAGGGGCAUCGACAUCCACGGAGUCCCCUACGUCGUGACUCUGCCAGAUGAGAAGCAAAACUGGGGAGACGUCCAUCUAGUCUGUCUGGUGGGGAGAGCAGAGAGGAUGGGGUUGGCCAUCUCUCUCGUUGCCAUGGAGAAGGAGAAGGUGUGGUACCAUACGUGUGCUAACCGGGGAAGAGGGUGUCACAACACCAGGCUGAAGGACGAUGGAGGAUGUACCAUCUGGUACAAUGAGAAGGAGCUCCUGUCCGAUGUAGAGGAACAUUUAAAGUGUACCAUCACCCAGUGUGAACCGGACAUCAAGGUUCCUGUGGACGACUUUGACGGCAAGGUGACCUACGGCAAGCGCAGAGCAGCAGCAGGUGGUAACUUUAGUGGUCAUGUGGCUGCGUUGGCUCCUACAGUUCAGGAGCUGGCCAAUCUGGAGAGAGAAGCUCAGACCUCCUUCCUUCAUCUGGGGUACCUGCCCAACCAGCUGUUCAAAGCCUUCUGAAAGCACACCUGCUGGUCUAGAUACGCAGUUACACCUGGGCUGACUUCAACCAACUUAACGUCCUGCUUCCUGUCUACACACACACACACACACACCUGUUCUGACUGUCUGUACCGUGUGCAGGUCUUCCAAAGAGAAGAGACUAGCGUAUCGGCUAAAAGCUAAACCAACACACCUGUUCUGACUACCUGGAGCAGGAGCUGUCGGAGUUCAACAAGUCUCUGGUUGGAGACGAGAUGGUCCAGGGUCUGGAGCUGAACGUUGUGACUAAAAUGAGUUAUUAUUUCCCUUCUAAAGGAUUCAUCUGAUAAAAUUACCCUAAAAUGAUUUGAGUUUGAUCUGUUAAAAUAAAGCGUCAAAUUAAA